UUCUUGACUCUUGAGGCCCCUAUAUAAACACCAUUCAUCUAUCUCACUUUAUCUCACUCUCUCUCUGACUUUGCUUUCUAGAAAAGAAGAAGCAAAUUCAAUGGGUGCACUUGAUUACCUCUCUAACUUUUGCACGGUAGACAGCAUUAGCACUAGGAACAAGCGCAAAGCAAUGCAGACAGUUGAGAUCAAAGUCAGAAUGGACUGUGAAGGCUGUGAAAGAAAAGUCAGAAAUGCAGUGACUACAUUAAAAGGGGUGAAAUCUGUGGAGGUGGAUCGAAAGCAAAGCUACGUGUCGGUGAGCGGCUAUGUAGAUCCAAACAAGGUAUUAAAGAGGGUAAAGAGCACUGGGAAAACAAGAGCUAAGUUUUGGCCUUAUGUUGAGCAGCAUCUGGUGUACUAUCCUCAUGCCCCCGGAGCCUAUGCCAGAAAAGCACCUGCUGGAUUUGUUAGGAACGUUGAUCAGGCAUUUCCUCAUGACUCAUCCAAUGCCCCUGCUGAAGAGAAUUUUGUGUCACUUUUUAAUGAUGACAACGUAAAUGCUUGUUCCAUCAUGUAAUCAUCAAGUAAUCAAAAACAGUAACACUGUUGAAAAUCAAGCUUAUUUUUCUUAGUGUCAAGUCAAGUACAUGAUGGAGAAGCGUCCAUGAGUUUAGUCUUGUCGUGGACUCUUGCUAGUUUCAACCAUGGUUUUCACUUUUCAGGGAAGCGCUGAAGUGCCAUGCUAUUAUAGUACACAAUGUUUUUUGUAUAUCAAUCUUAAGCAAAUGUGAAUCUGCGUAUUUUGUGGUCU